AUGCUUAGGUACAUCUAUAUGUACAUUUUCGAUAUGGACAGCCAUGCAGGUGGUUGGUAUGCAGUAAUUCUAUCUAUGACCACCCUAACAGUCAUGGCCGACAUCUGCUCAACCAUCGAACAGACCGGAAUUCCAGUCGAAUACCCCUUCUCUAUGGGCUACUGGUACGAUUUAGCCAACUAUUGGUCAGCCGCAUGCAGUGAUCUCAAGCCGAAAUGUAUCGCGGCACCAUCUAAUGCAGCAGAGGUUUCUCGAAUAAUCCUCGAGCUUCAUCAUUUCACGACGCCAUUCGCGAUCAAAUCCGGAGGUCACAUGCCAAAUAAUGGGUUUGCAAGCAUUCAAGACGGACUCUUGAUUUCUACUAGGAAAUUAAGCCAAGUCAACUAUAAUUCUAACACCCAGACAGCUGUGGUUGGACCAGGUAUCUCAUGGGAGGAUGCACAAAAAGGCUUAAUUGGAAUGGGGCGUACUCUAGUGGGAGGCAGAAUUGGGGAGGUGGGAGUCGGAGGGUAUACUCUUGGAGGCGGAAUGAGUUUUUUAAGCACGCAAUAUGGGUGGGCCGCCAAUAAUGUCGUGAACUAUGAGAUUGUGAUGGCAAAUGGCACAAUCAGUAACGCCAACGCUCAGGAGAAUGUCAACCUCUUUGCAUCACUAAAAGGAGGAGGUAAUAACUUCGGUGUUGUUACUGCAUUUGAGAUCACAACUCAUGAGGAUCACAAGGUAUGGGGUGGCAACUGUUUCUUCACCUCUGAUAAGGCACCCCAGUUACUAAAGGCUCUGCGAAAUUUUGUGGACGACUAUCCAGAUGACAAGGCAGCAAUUAUCUUGACGGCCGAGCACAGCCUACUAAUGAACCUCUGGAUCAUGUUUCUCUUCUAUGAUGGCCCUCAGCCACCGGUAAGAGUAUUUGACGAAUUUACUGCAAUUGAGCACACAUCGACGACCAAGACAUGGGAUAAACUUUAUGAUCUCUUGAAGAACAAUGAUGCCUUUGUUAUGCAUGGCCAGCGCUAUACUAUUGCCACCGAGACUAGCCCUACCGAGAAAACUUCAGUGCCAAACGCGACUGGUUCUACAGUGCUACAACAGUAUUACGACUACUGGUUUAACAUCACAUCCAGUGUGCUAGAAAUUCCCAAUGCCAUCGGCUCAAUUGCCUUUCAACCAGUCCCCAUGACCUCUCCCCAAAAAUCACAGGACCGUGGUGGAGACCUACUCAAUUUCCCGACUGAUACCAACUGCAUUAUCCUCGAGAUGGACUUCUCUUACUCGUCCUCUUCAUAUGAUGAGAGAAUCGACCAGGCCAAUCAGGAGCUCUACCGAGGACUGGAUAAUCUCAUACGGAAGAACAUAGAUGAAGGUCUAUUACCUGAUGUGUACCGACCACUCUUCAUGAACGAUUUCUACUUCCGGCAAGAUUACUGGUCUCGUAUUGACCCAGAAUCAAAGCAGCUAGCCCUGCAAACCCGAUUGGACGUAGAUCCUCAAGGGUUUUUCCAGAGGCGGAUGAGUGGCGGCUGGCGACUUGAAUAA